AUGUCUUCAGACAUUUGCCCGACACAGAAGGUUAUCAGAAUGACCUGUGUAGUUGGUGAGCCUCAAAGUAUCAAAGUAGAGUUGUCUUCGAAGUCUAAGCAAGAACAAACAAUCAACGUGACCCCAAUUGAAAACGUCUGGAUAUCUCUUUCGAGUUCUUCAACAGUACUAACUGAUGGAGUUGGUGUUCUUGACAUCACAGUUAUUGUUAAAUUGCGGAAAGACAACAGUCGAAUCAACGUAUAUAUAAAAAACACAACGACUUACUUUACUCUUCUAGUUACAACAAAUCAUUCUCUUUAUAUUGAUAUCAAUGAUAUUAAGAAAACCAAAUUUAUUAGUUCUGGGGUAUAUGGGCAAGUGUAUAAAGGGGAAUAUAAUAAGACUAAUGUAGCCAUCAAAGAGCUCAUGUUUGACCAAAACAAUUCAACCAAAUAUUCUAUGUACCUCACAGAGAUGUCUUUAUAUCGUAAAUUUACUUGCGAGACGGUUGUAACAAUUUUAGGGUUUACCGUCACCCCACAACUCCCAACACUCGUGAUGGAAUGCGCUCUUUACGACCUUCGUUCACAAAUCGGCACUAAAUGUCCUAUUUUUUUAAACACUAAAAUCAGACUUACUAUAUACAGAAACAUCGCUUCGGCACUCAUGAAAUUGCACUCGGAGAAAUUAGUCUACCGCGACUUGAAGAGCGCCAAUGUGCUCAUCUUUUCAAAGUCCAUCAAGAGUCCCGUGAUCGCUAAACUCUGUGAUUUCGAGACUUGUUGUGAAGAGAAAAAUGCAUUUCCCGCGCCCGAUGUCGGGACUCCAAUUUACAUGUCACCAGAACAAUGGAAUAGACAACACCUUACUACUCAAAGCGAUGUAUUCAGUUUCGCAGUCUUAUGUUACGAAAUACUCACUAACAAAGUCCCUUACAACGACAUCGAUUUCCCAAACCCUUGGUCUAUAGCUCAGUUCAUUUGUUCUAACAAAAGACUUCCCAAGCCAGACUCUUGUGAUGUCACUCUAUGGCGUCUUAUAGAAGAUUGUUGGAAGACUCAACCCGAGGAUCGAAUUAGUUUGUUUCUAGUUUAA